AUGUCAAGCAAAGAAGCACUUCAGCAUUACAUGAACUUGGACACCCGUGGCAAUGUCCAAGCCAUGUACGUCUGGAUCGAUGGUACUGGUGAAUCCAUGCGAGGAAAGACCAGAACCUUGACCAAGGUCCCCAAGGAUGUUUCUGAGCUGCCAGAAUGGAACUAUGACGGUUCCUCCACUGGCCAGGCCGAGGGUUCAAACUCUGAUUGCUACCUCAAGCCUGUUCGAAUCUUCCCAGAUCCCUUCCGAGGAGCUCCUCACAUCCUCGUCCUCUCUGAGGUCCUCGACUCCGACAAGAAGCCAGCUGGUACCAACCACCGAGCUUCUUGCGCCCGAGUCAUGGAAAAAGUCAAGGACGAGAAGCCAUGGUUCGGCAUGGAGCAAGAAUGGACCAUGCUCGACGUUGAUGGCCACCCUUACCGAUGGCCCAAGCAGGGUUACCCCGGACCCCAGGGCCCUUACUAUUGCGCUGUUGGAUCCAACAACAUCUACGGCCGAGAUGUUGUUGAAGCUCACUACCGAGCUUGCCUCUACGCUGGCAUCCAGAUCUCCGGCACAAACGCUGAGGUUAUGCCUGCCCAGUGGGAGUUCCAGGUUGGACCCUGCGAAGGUAUCGAAAUGGGUGAUCAGCUCUGGAUGGCCCGAUACCUCCUCUGCCGAGUUGCCGAGGACUUCGGUGUCGUCUGCAGCUUCGACCCCAAGCCCAUUAAGGGUGACUGGAACGGCGCUGGUUGCCACGUCAACUACUCCACCGAGUCCAUGCGACAGCCAGGUGGACGAGAAGUCAUCUACAAAGCUAUCGAGAAACUCCGAGGCCGACACAACCUACACAUCAAGGCUUACGAUCCACAAGGUGGCCGAGACAACCUCCGACGACUCACUGGUCUCCACGAGACUUCUUCCGUCAUGGACUUCUCCUACGGAACUGCCAACCGAGGUUGCUCCAUCCGAAUUCCUCGACUCGUCGACGACCACGGCUGUGGAUACUUUGAGGAUCGACGACCAUCUUCGAACUGCGAUCCUUACGCUGUCACUGAUGUCUUCGUUCGAACCACUAUUCUCGAUGAGACUGGUGACAUUGCUUUCGAAUAUGAUCCUUAUGAACUCACCGCCCACAUGAACCGAGACAAGACCGUCACCAACAAAGAUCUCAAGCUUUCGACGGUCAACGAGUCUGCUGCCAAAGCCGCCGCCGAACUCGCUGCCAAGCUCGCAAGCACUGCUAAGUUGUAA